AUGAGCAGCAGCAGCAGCAGCAGCAGCAGCAGCGAAGACGACGACGAGGAUUUAUUCUACGCGCCGAGCUAUAACCGAAAACGAGAAGAGGAGAAGAAGAAUAACGCGUUAGGUACGACGAGUAAUAACGGUACGAAUAAACGGAAAGUGGAGGAGGAAGAGGAGGAGGAGGAGAGGAAGAGAACUCGAGCUUUGAUUUCAGAUUCGGAUGAUGAUGAUGAUGAUGAUGAAACGGACGACGAAAAGGACGACGACGACGAAGAAGAAGAGGAAAAAGAAGAAGAGAAACCGACGAGUAAUAAUGCGUUGGUGUCGGAAUCAUCAGAUUCGGACGCGCCGCCUUCGUCGACUCUCGCGAGGAGAGACAGAGCGCACUAUAACGACGAGAAGAUGCGAGAGGCCUCGGCGCUGAUGCGAGAGCUGACGAAGAAAACAGACGCGAGGGUCUUCGAGGACGAGAACGACGGAGAUGAACAACGUAACGGCGUCGCUGCUUCUGAUGAUAAUGUUGGAGCGUUAGGUGCGAACGGGGCUGAGGAUGAUGAAGAUGAGGACGAUGUGCGAUACGAACCGAUCCAGUUGGUGUUUGCGUUUAGCAAUACGAAGAAAGUCGAGUUCGAGACGUCGAAGAGAUACACUUUCGAACGGAUAUGGAAGGAUUUUGUGGACGAACAUCAUCCGGAAGGAGACGUCGCGAAGGCGAAGUUCACGUUCGACGGUGAUAGGAUUAAAGUUAGCGAAGAUACGCCGGAGACGUUAGACAUGGACGAUGAAGACGUCGUCGACGUUCUCCUGUGA